CUUUUAUGCAUCUGAUACACAAAAAUUCACAUUUUCAUCUCGGUGCUUCUCAAACUAUCCCUCAAACGAAAAAACGUCAUCCCAAGUACGGAGACCAGGUCACAACAGACGAAAGCGCUAAGCUAAGCCCCCCGCCACUACUUCGCCAGGCCUGCGGCACCGCACCGCACUGGCUGAACUCCAAUCCAACCUCUCACGUCCUAUCUCUAUCCCCCCACACACAGACGAUAGCUGCUAACAACCUGACCUUCCACCAUUCCUCCAACUCCAAACUUCCAACCACGGACCCAAGCAAAAUGAAGUUCUCCCUCGCCCUCGCAUCGCUUUGCUUAAGCUCCCUCGUCGCCGCCGACUUCGGUUUCUCCUACGGCAGCAGCCAAAAGGUCCUCGACGAUAAGGGAGAGGCUGUGCCAGGCAGUAACCCGUUGGUCCACUGCAAGAAGGAACAUAGUGAUGACCUACUCACCCUCGAGCAUGUGAACUUGACUCCAAACCCACCUGUACCGUAAGCUUCCAGCUUCCUAGAUUUAUCUUCCUCAAGGUUAUAUUAGCUGCAUAAGCUGACUUUGGUUUCCAGCGGCCAAAACCUCACGAUCGAAGCUGUGGGUUCCAUAUCGCAGGAUGUUGGGGAGGGCGCAUAUGUGCUUCUAACCGUCAAAUAUGGAUUCAUCAAGCUUCUCACCACCAAAGCGGAUCUCUGCGAACAAGUCUCAAAUGUAGAUCUGAAGUGUCCGAUUAAGGCGGGAAAGACGACCAUUACCAAGGACGUGGAAAUACCAAAACAGAUUCCAGGUGUAAGUGCCAAACUAUAUCAUAGCUUUGUUCUUUAUUAAUUAGCGAUUUAGGGAAAAUAUACCGUCAAUGCUGAUGCCUAUACUGCCGACGAUAAGCACAUUGUGUGUCUGGAAGCCAGCGUCGAGUUUCCAUAAGUUAUGAGUGCAAAUGGGUCUAUGAGAUGAAUGAAUGGGGAUGAUGGUUAGGGAGAGGGCAGAAUGAUCGGACUUGGACAGGGCUUUCUUAUCAGGUUUCUACGUCUGCAUUGUACAACGGAAUGGAUCAAUCAUGAAUGUUUUAUAGGCACAUAAUUUUGGAGUGAAAGGUAAUUAAAUUGAAGCAUUAUUGGGCGUAUA